AGCAGCCGCCGCCCGCCCGCCCGCCUCCGCCUGCGGGGAGCCCGCCCGCCUGCCCGCCGGCGCCCGGGAGCGCCACCGCCACCGCCCGGCCCAGGCCCAGGCCCAGUCCCAGGCCCUGCGCAGAGCGGAGCGGAGCGGCGUCCACCGGGCCCAGCAAGCCGGCGCGGCGGGGGCGGGCCCAGGCUCUUCGGCGUAUCUUCCAUUCUCCUGGGCGGGAGCGGGAGGGAUCGGGAGCCCCUGCGCCCCUGAUCGGGCUGGGCCCGCUCCCAUGGCGAGCGCGGCCUGCCCGGGCCCCGGGGACCCUGCCAUGUGAGGCAGGCCCCGGGCUGGGGGCCCGGCCAUGGCCGGGGAACGGCCCCCACUACGGGGCCCAGGGCCCGGGCCCGGAGAGGCGCCGGGGGAGGGGCCUCCAGGGCCGGGGGGCGCUGGCGGAGGCCCGGGACGGGGCCGCCCCUCCUCCUACCGGGCUCUCCGCAGCGCCGUGUCCAGCCUGGCGCGCGUGGACGAUUUCCACUGCGCCGAGAAGAUCGGGGCCGGCUUCUUCUCUGAGGUCUACAAGGUUCGGCACCGACAGUCAGGGCAAGUCAUGGUGCUGAAAAUGAACAGGCUCCCCAGUAACCGGGGAAACACGCUGCGGGAGGUGCAGCUGAUGAACCGGCUCCGGCACCCCAACAUUCUAAGGUUCAUGGGGGUCUGUGUGCACCAAGGGCAGCUGCACGCUCUUACAGAGUAUAUGAAUGGGGGGACCCUGGAACAGCUGCUCAGCUCCCCCGAACCCCUAUCCUGGCCUGUCAGGCUCCGCCUGGCUUUGGACAUCGCCCGCGGCCUGCGGUACCUGCAUGCCAAAGGUGUAUUCCACCGAGACCUCACAUCCAAGAACUGUCUGAUCCGGCGGGAAGACCGAGGCUUCACAGCUGUUGUGGGCGACUUUGGGCUGGCUGAAAAGAUUCCUGUGUAUAGGGAAGGGGCAAGGAAGGAGCCGUUGGCUGUGGUGGGUUCCCCUUACUGGAUGGCUCCAGAGGUGUUGCGGGGUGAGCUGUAUGAUGAGAAGGCCGACGUCUUUGCCUUUGGGAUUGUCCUCUGUGAGCUCAUCGCACGAGUACCUGCGGACCCUGACUACCUACCCCGUACUGAGGACUUUGGCCUGGAUGUGCCUGCUUUCCGAACCCUGGUAGGGGAUGACUGCCCACUGCCCUUCCUGCUCCUGGCCAUCCACUGCUGCAGUAUGGAACCUGGCACUCGUGCUCCCUUCACUGAAAUCACCCAGCACCUGGAAUGGAUCCUGGAGCAGCUGCCUGAGCCAGCCCCCCUCCUCAGGGCUCCCCUGGCACACAGUCAGGGGUUUGUUCCAAGAGGGGGUCCCUCUGCCACACUUCCCAGGCCAGACCCCCGGCUCUCCCGAAGCCGGUCAGACCUCUUCCUGCCCCCGUCGCCAGAAUCGCCCCCCAACUGGGGGGACAAUCUGACUCGAGUCAACCCCUUUUCACUACGGGAAGACCUCAGAGGUGGCAAGAUCAAGCUCCUGGACACACCCAGCAAGCCAGUCGCCCCCCUACCCCUUGUACCACCAUCAGCACUGCCCUCCACCCAGCUGCCCUUGGUGACCACUCCAGAGACCUUGGUCCAGCCUGGGACACCUGCCCGCCGCUGCCGCUCGCUACCAUCAUCCCCUGAACUCCCCCGACGUAUGGAGACAGCACUGCCAGGUCCUGGCCCUCCUGCUGUGGGCCCCUCGGCUGAAGAGAGAAUGGAGUGUGAGGGCAGUAGCCCUGAGCCAGAACCCCCGGGACCAGCUUCCCAGCUGCCCCUGGCCGUGGCCACAGACAACUUCAUCAGCACUUGUUCCUCAGCCUCCCAGCCCUGGUCCCCUAGAUCAGGAGCCCCCCUUAACAACAACCCCCCAGCCGUGGUGGUGAACUCCCCACAAGGCUGGGCUGGGGAGCCCUGGAACCGGGCCCAGCAUAGCCUGCCCCGUGCAGCAGCCCUGGAGCGGACAGAAGCCUCGCCGCCCCCGUCAGCCCCCCGGGAGUCCGAGGAGGGGCUGCCCUGCCCUGGCUGCUGCCUCGGCCCCUUCAGCUUUGGCUUCCUGUCCAUGUGCCCCCGCCCCACACCAGCUGUGGCCCGCUACCGCAACCUGAACUGCGAGGCGGGCAGUCUCCUCUGCCACCGGGGGCACCACGCCAAGCCACCCACAACCAGCCUGCAGCUGCCGGGGGCACGCUCUUAGCAGUGGGGCCUGUGGUCUCCGGCCUCCACCCUUGGCCUUCAGGAUGCCCUGUGAGGACAGAGCGCACAUGCUGGCCUGUGCCAGCCCCGGAUGGGCUGAGCAGCGCUUCUCCCUGUAGAGGGGAACCUCGGCAUGGACGUGAGGAACACAACAUUUCCUUUGCAUCCCCUGAGCUUGCUCUCCCUUGGGGAUCACUGAACCAGACAAAGCGUUGCUGACACACGAGACUAACACGUGCAAAUUAUUUAAAAAUAUUUCAAUAAAACUGCCUGGCUGGC